GAAGUUGUGUGGCAGGUUGAUUCUCUGUCCUAGACACUCUCAUGCGGGUAACAGGAAACUUUGAACCCUCUUCAACAAUAUUUGAACCACUGAGGAAAACUUUUUGAAGCUGGUGAGGUUGAAAGUCUUUUGGAUUAAAGUGUAAAACAGAGACGGGUUUGAGUUUAUAAUUGACACGUCUGCUCUGACUGCUGAAAGUGAAAGUGAAGCUGGUGAACCAGACUGAGGACAACAAACAGGAGAGACUUUACUGCAGAGACAAAAUGGCUUCUAAACUGGAGGAGGAUCUCACAUGUCCUGUGUGCUGUGACAUCUACAAGGAUCCUGUCUUGGUGACCUGUUCUCACAGUGUGUGUAAAGCCUGUCUGCAGCAGUUCUGGGAGAGUAAAGGAUCCAGAGAAUGUCCCUACUGCAGGAGGAAGUGCUCAAAGGAUUUAUAUCCUACUAACAUGGCGUUAAGGAACCUGUGUGAGACCUUCUUACAGGAGAGAAGUCAGAGAGCUUCAGCAGGGUCUGUGGUGCUCUGCAGUCUGCACAGUGAGAAACUCAAGCUCUUCUGUCUGGAGGAUAAACAGCCUGUGUGUUUUGUGUGUCAGGCAUCAAAGAAACAUAAAAAUCACACAUUCAGUCCCAUAGAUGAAGCAGCACAGGACCGUAAGGAGGAGCUCAAGAUUCAACUGCAGCCCUUAAUGAAGAAACUGAAGAACUUUGAAAAAGUUAAACUCAUCUGUGACCAAACAGCAGCACAUAUUAAGACUCAGGCUCAACACACAGAGCGGCAGAUCAAGGAGGACUUUGAGAAGCUUCACCAGUUUCUACGAGAUGAAGAGGCAGUCAGGAUAGCUGCACUGAGGGAGGAAGAGGAGCAGAAGAGUCAGAUGAUGAAGGAGAAGAUUGAGAAGAUGAGCAGAGAGAUCUCAUCUCUUUCAGACACAAUCAGAGCCAUAGAAGAGAAGAUGGGAUCUGAUGACAUCACAUUCCUGCAGAACUACAAGAGCACAGUGGAAAGAGCCCAGUGCACACUGCAGGAUCCAGAGAGGGUUUCAGGAGCUCUGAUCAAUGUGGCAAAGCACCUGGGCAACCUGAAGUUCAGAGUCUGGGAGAAGAUGCAGGAGAUUGUUCAGUACACUCCUGUGACUCUGGAUCCCAACACUGCACACCCAGAUCUCAUCCUGUCUGAGGAUCUGACCAGUGUGAGAUGGGGUGAUGAGAGAGCAGCAGCUUCCUGAUAACCCAGAGAGAUUUGAUAGGUAUGCCAG